GAGGCUCUCACGCUUCAUGCUGCAGUCAGGAGCUCGGGGGAGUCCAGCAUGAUUCUUCUUACCGUGCUGUUCCUUUGCAUCAUUUCCACUUACUCAGCCUCUGUUAAAGGCCACACUACUGGACCAAGCUUAAGUAAUGACAAGCUAUAUAAAUUUGCUUACUCAGCUGAAGUGUAUGUUGAUCAGGUGAAAGCAUCACUGCAGAAAAGUGCAGGCUACCGGAUCUCUUCUGGUGUGGAUGUCAACCUCUUAUGGAGAAAUCCCGACAAUGAUGAUGACCAGUUGAUCAAAAUUACGAUAAAAGAUGUUCACGUUGAAAAUGUGAAUGAACGUCCAGCUCCUAAAAACAUCUUCAAUGGAAAAAGCACAGAGAAGAUCAUUGGGAAAGAAUACCUGCAAGCUUUGCAGAGGCCCAUAGUUCUUGAGUUAGUCCGUGGAAAAGUCAAAAACUUCUACUCGUAUCAAAAUGAACCUGGGUUUACUCAAAACAUUAAGAGAGGUCUGGCUAGCCUUUUCCAGCUACAGCUGCACUCUGGCACUUCCCAUGAGGUGGACAUAUCUGGGAAAUGCAAUACUACUUAUCAUGUGCGGCAAGAUCAAGUGACUAAAAUAAAAGCUCUAGACUCCUGUGAAACAGAAAAACAAGGAUUUACCAGUCACAACCAGAUUUUGGAUGUUGGUACAAAAGCCACAUCUGCCACAAUUUAUGUUCUGGAAGACAGUUUCAUUAAAUCCAUUAAGGCAGAAGAAAAUUAUGUUUUGCUUCUGAAUUUCCAACGAAAAACAGGUGCCAAAAUAGUUUCAAAGCAGAGACUGGAACUGAAGUCAGUACAAGCUGGCCCUGGACUAAUCGCUGCGAAGCAAGUUGACAGUGUUAUCAAGACCUUGGACUCCAGUUAUGUUGCCAUGCCACUAGUAGCAGAGCCAGUCAAAUCCAAAUGCAAAAACUGUCCUUCGCUUUCUGAACACUGGCAGAGCGUGAGAGAACAUAUGUAUCCUGAAAAACUUUCCAAAGCUGAAGCAGUAAGAAGCUUUUUGUCCUUCAUUCAGAACAUCAGAAAAGCUACAAAAGAGGAGAUACUGCAGAUUAUCAGAAGUGAAAAUAAAGAACUUCUUCCGCAGGUAGUGGAUGCCGUAACCUCCGCUCAGACCCCAGCAUCACUGGAGGCCAUGCUGGAGUUUCUUGACUUUAAGGAUGCAAGCACUUCUAUCCUGCAGGAGCGAUUCCUAUAUGCCUGUGGAUUUGCUUCUCACCCCAGUGAAACGCUCCUGAAAUCUUUAACUGCUAAGUUCAAGGGUGAUAUUGCAAAUGAAGACAUCAGAGAAACUCUUGUCAUUGUCAUGGGAGCGCUCAUCAGAAAGCUGUGUGACAAAGAAGGCUGCAAGCUCCCAGCCGUUGCGGAAGCCAAAAGGAUGAUUCUAAAUAGACUGGAGAAGGCUAAGAAAGACGACAAUGUGAGGAUGUACCUGCUGGCACUGAAGAACGCACUCCUUCCCGAAGCAAUUCCACUGCUUCUGAAGUACGCCGAGUCAGAAGAAGGGCCCAUCAGCAAUGUUGCUGCCACUGCCUUACAGAGAUAUGAUCCUUCUUUUCUCACCAAAGAGGUGAAGGCAACAAUGAACAGGAUAUACCACCAGAACCGUAAAGUCCACGAAAAGACAGUGCGAACCACUGCAGCUGCUAUCAUCUUAAACAGUAACCCAUCCUACAUGGAAGUGAAAAACAUCCUGCUCUCCAUCGGUGAACUGCCUCCGGAAAUGAACAAGUACAUGCUCUCCAUGAUCCAAGAUAUACUUGAAUUUGAAAUGCCUUCGAGCAAAAUAGUUCGGAAAGUUCUAAAGGACAUGCGUGCUCAUAACUAUGAUCGCUUCUCCAAGAUGGGCUCUUCCUCUGCCUACUCUGGCUAUAUUAUACGUGGGCCUGACAUAUCAUCCACAUACAGCCUUGACAUCCUCUAUUCAGGCUCUGGCAUUCUAAGGAGAAGUAACUUGAACAUCCGUAUUUUUGAUAGAAAUGCUGAACUUCAUGCCAUCCAGGUGGUGAUUGAAGCUCAAGGUCUGGAGUCCAUAAUAGCUGCAACUCCUGAUGAAGGCGAGGAAAACCUGGACUCCUUUGCUGGCAUGUCAGCCAUUCUGUUUGAUGUCCAAAUGAGGCCAGUUACAUUUUUCCAAGGGUAUGGUGAUUUAAUGUCUAAAAUGUUCUCGGCAACUGGAGAUUCCAUGAACGUGGUGAAAGGACUUGUCCUCCUGACAGAUUACUCACAGGAGAAACAACUGAGGUCUGCAGUCAGCGCCAGCGCAGAGUUCCUGGGUGGCCUCGCCAUUGACAUCUCAGGAGGGAUGGAGUUCAGCCUGUGGUACAGGGAAUCCAAAACCAGCGUCAAGAACCGGGUAGCCAUGUUUCUAACUGGUAACACCGAGGUGGAUUCCUUCUUUGUAAAAACUGGUAUGGAAACCACUUUGGAAGUAGAAACGACAUUAGACUUCAUCUCCACGGUGCAGUUUUCACAGUACCCAUUUUUAGUCUGCAUGCAGAUGGACAGAGUGGAGUCUCCAUUCAGGCGUCAGGUGACGAAGUAUGAAAGUCUACCGUCCGGCAGACGGUACACUGCACAGAGAGGGAAAGCAGAACUGUUGGCAGGUAAUGAAUACCCUCUCCAUCAAGAAAACUCCAACAUGUGCAACAAGGUUUUCGACGCAAAGUCUGAUUCCUCCAGCAGCUGGUUUUGAAAUGAGCACCUGAGCUUUUGCUUUCCUGAGUCCGUGGCUCCCUCAAUGACUUCGGCUUGUACGUAACGUACUAACCUGGAGCUUGGUCUUGUACUGCUGCAGUUAAUGGGAAAUUUGCCAUUGAUUUCAACAGGCUGGGAUCAAACUCUCAGUGCGUGCACAGUGUUUACAUAUUAACCUAUAUUUAAGACUUUU